CGGAUAAUAAUUCUGGGAGCAAGUUGACAAGUAAACAUGUAAAGGGUUAUCUUGAGCUAUUCUUAUAAUGACUCCAGUGUGCUUUCCACCAGCCAUUACAUUUGGUAGCUGCAGAUCAGUUAGUACGAGUAACUCCUCUCCUUAUUCAAAAUGAAAGCUGUCGUAGUACUAGUUGUGCUGGCGUGCGCCAUGGCGGUGGUGUACGGAGACUUGGUGUGCGGCUCAAACUACUGCAAGCAACACCCUUGCGGCUCGCCCAUCGCUCAGUCGAGCUGUCGCUCCCCUUCCGUCUACCGCGCCAAACACGCCGGCAAAUGCGCCUGCUGCCCUGCCUGCGUUACUAUGCUUGGUGAGAACGCCGCUUGUAAGACCUACAGCAAAGAGCUUGGAGAGACCCCAUCCGCCAUCUGUCGUGACCCUCUUAAGUGCCUGAACGGUGUCUGUACCAGGGUCGCUCCUAGACACUAAGUACUUACAAUUAAUAAUAUAAAAUGUUAAAUGAAAAAUAAAGUAAAAGUCUUAAAUAAACUAAUACAUAACAUCCGCCGUAAUUAAUUGA